CGUCCGAUCGACGGACUCCUCCCGCCAUUUCGAGUCGGGGCUCCGGCCCCCUCUUCUUCCUCCUCAGGGCGUGGUCAUGGAGCCCCAGCCCGGCUCGCCGCCGGCGCCGUCGUCGACGGAGACUGCCGAGGUGUCUACGCCUUCGGUAGAAAUGCUGCCGUCGGAUGCGGUGGAGGAGGAGGCUGCUGGCGAUAGGCCUGAUAGGCGGUCGUCGUCGUCGUCGUCGUCGUCUUCGUCAUCCUCGUCGGAGGCGUCGAAGGCGGAGAACUUGUUCCAUCCCGACGCGGUAGAGACCAGCAGCAUCCCGUUGGUGGUGGUCGUCACCUCGCCGGGCGAUGAGGCUGUCGCUUCCGGUGACGGUGCGGUGGUUAGGCGACCCGACGAGGAGGCCGCCGCUUCCGGUGACGGCGCGGUGGUCAGAUUACCGGACGAUGAGGCCGCCGUCGCUUCCGGUGACGGCGCGGUGGUCAGACGACCUGACGAUGAGGCCGUCGUUCCCGGUGACGGUCCAGUGGUUAGACCAGACGAUUGGGCGUCAUGGCCGCAGCAGCCGCCGGCCCAGGCCGCCGACUCCCCUGUCGUGGAGGACGGCGGCGUACCCGGGUUGACGACGCAGGCGCCGGAGGUCCAGACCAUGGCGCAGCCGGCGGCAGAGCCCGCCCCGGCGGCGGGGUUCGAUCCGGGGAGGAUCCCGGCGUCCAUCUUCCAGGCCAAGCCGCCGUCGUCGUCGCAGGCGGAGUGGAGCGUGGCGUCCAACGAGUCGCUGUUCAGCAUCCACGGCGCCAGGCCGUCCACCGACCUCUGCGGGUUCUACGCCGGCGAGAGCAGGUCGCACUUCGACUACUUCUACGACGAGGCGAUGGCGGCGGCCGGCGGCGCGGACCAGCCGGACUGGAGGCUGGCGACCGUCGCGGAGGGGUCACCCGGCAGCGGGAGGUCGGACUCCAGCGGCGGCGGGAGCAGCGACAGGGCCAAGCAGAAGGCGGCCAUCGCGUUCCGGCGCCACGAGAGCGGCUCCGCCGGCAGCUCCAGCAACUUCUCCUUCGCCUUCCCCAUAUUGCCGGAGACGACGACGUCGCCGAGGAAGAGGGAGUACGGCGGCGGCGGCAGCGGGAUGUACCAGCCGCUGCAGAAGGAGCUGGAGCAGCAGUCGCCGCCGCCGGUGCCGUCGUUCGAGGAGAUGACGACGGAGGAGGAGCGGCAGCGGCGGACGUCGAGGUGGUGCUGCUGCUGCGGCGAGUACUGCGGCUGCUGCUGGUUCGCCUGCUCCUGCUCCUGGUCGUCGUGCUGCUGCUGCCGCCGGUGGCGGCAGUGGUGGUGCUGCGACUGCCGCUGCUCCUGCCCCACCGUCUGCCGGUGCAACUGGUGCCUCUGCGCAUGAGCAAUUUGGCGGGAAAAGGAAACCGAAACGGACUCCGGCUAAUCACAUUAGCCGCCAUAGUUAAUCACCAGAUUAGGCAUCACUGCAUCUGCAUGAGAGGUAGACGCCAUCCUGCACGUCCAUUUUUCUUUUCUUUGUGUAUUAAUGUAUUCGGAGGAUCAUAUAUAUGUAUGUGCAGAUGGGUUGGAACGUACAUGAAGAUACACUGUAAAUGAGGAUCAUAUAUAUGUAAGAGAUGAAGAUAACACUGUACACUAUUGACAAGGAAAUGCUUGAUCUACAUGCUAACCUGCAGAGGGACUGAGGAAGCAAUAUCAUGGUAUGCAGAUAGCCUAUCAAAAACACAAUUUAGCAGAUUCUAGGUUACAAGUACUAAAUAAUUUCAACAUUAAGUGAGUUGUACAACAGAAGGGGUAGAUCAAGCACAGAGACUAGCCAAAAGUAAGUUAUCUUACCACAUUUUGUGUAUAGGUGCAAUGAGCAAAACAGAGCCCUAUGUGCAAUUGAGCAUCCAUCUAUUCACCAAAAUUAAGCAACAGCAAACCUAACAGUUUAUAACACUUCGAAAGAGUCUACUACGUUAACAGAAGGUACCAGAUGUAGUGUUAGUUCUGUGAUCCUUUAUCUCCAUGUCGAUGCAUAUAUGCGUGAUUAGUUCCAGGUACCCCACUGCCAUAUGAUCUCCGGAAACCUUUGUGUCCAAAUUGAUGCCACGGCUCGGCGGAUAUCAUCACUGGAAUCGGCAUGGAAAAGAAUAGUCACCUCGCAAGAUGGAGCACAGUUCUCAAACAAGGGUGCAAGCAGAGGAACAUCCUUCACUGGUGGUAGAUGCAACAGAAGUCUCCUCGAACGGCUUCUAAAGUGAUUGAUGGUGCACAAGAUUAGGCAACGCAUCAUUUCACGAGAAAAUCGUGGGGCCAACUUGACUUCGCUGAUGCUGGCAAACAGCUGCAGAAGAUACUCAGGCUUCACUGCUUCAAAAAGUUCAUAGUCCUUUGUAGAGGCGGGCAGCUCAAGCUCUAAUGUAGUGAUAUCACGAUUGUCGAUGAAUACCUGCAAUAGGGACUUGAGAUCCAAUGACUCUA